AUGUGCGGAAUUCUCGGCUUGAUAUUGGCCGCCUUUGACGACCCUUCUUCCACCGCUGCGGCAGCGGAGAUACACGAAGCUCUUUACUAUUUGCAACACAGAGGACAAGAUGCCUGUGGUAUCGCUACAUGUGCCGCGGGAGGUCGGAUCUAUCAAUGCAAGGGUAAUGGCAUGGCUGCAAGAGUAUUCCAGGAUGGAUCUCGUGUGCAAGAUCUUCCCGGAUUCAUGGGCUUAGGUCACUUGAGAUACCCUACAGCUGGAAGCAGUGCUAGUGCCGAAGCUCAACCUUUCUACGUCAACAGUCCUUACGGAAUUACCUUCGCGCAUAACGGAAAUUUGAUCAACGCUCCAGAGCUCAAGCGCUUUCUUGAUUUCGAAGCUCAUAGACAUAUCAAUACAGACAGCGACAGUGAGCUUAUGCUCAAUAUCUUCGCCAACGAGCUCAAUGAGACCGGAAAGGCCCGUGUUAACGAGGAAGAUAUCUUCAAGAGCUUGGAGAGAAUGUACGGCAGAUGUGUUGGAGGUUGGGCUUGUACAGCAAUGUUGGCUGGUUUUGGAAUCCUUGGUUUCCGCGAUCCACACGGCAUUCGUCCCCUUAUCCUGGGUUCUCGACCAUCCUCCACUGUUGCUGGAGCCACGGAUUACAUGAUGGCUUCUGAGUCUAUCGCUUUGACCCAACUCCAAUUCUCGAACCUGGUAGAUAUUCUUCCCGGACAAGCCGUCAUCAUUAGAAAGGGCUCGAAGCCGCUCUUCAGACAGAUCGUUCCUCAAAAGAACUACGCCCCAGAUAUUUUCGAAUAUGUUUACUUCGCUAGACCUGACUCGAUUAUUGAUGGCAUUAGUGUCCAUAGAAGUCGACAGGCAAUGGGAUAUAAGCUCGCUGACACCAUCAGCAAAGUUCUUGGACCAGAAGCAAUUAAAGAGAUUGAUGUUGUCAUCCCAAUCCCGGAAACCUCCAAUACAUCAGCUCAGAGUGUUUCAGAACGUCUCAACAUCCCUUACUGUCAAGGUUUUGUCAAGAACCGUUAUGUAUUCCGCACUUUCAUCAUGCCCGGACAAGGUGCUCGACAAAAGUCUGUCCGCCGCAAGCUCAGUGCAAUGGAGUCUGAAUUUGCCGGACGCACAGUGCUUUUGGUUGACGACAGUAUCGUUCGUGGUACGACGAGUAGGGAGAUUGUACUGAUGGCCCGUGAGGCAGGCGCAAAAAAGGUCAUUUUCGCUUCCUCUGCCCCACCGAUCACCCAUGCUCACAUCUACGGUAUUGAUCUUGCUUCGCCUCAGGAGCUCGUCGCACAUAACCGUGACAGACAUGCAAUUGCUAAACACAUUGGCGCGGAAGAAGUUAUCUACCAGUCGUUGGAGGAUUUGAAGGCAUCCUGUGCAGAGCUUUCUCCUCGCGACCCAAAGACUCAAGAGUUCGAGGUUGGUGUUUUCUGUGGUACUUAUGUAACACCUGUUCAGGAUGGCUAUUUUGAGCAUUUGGAGAAGAUUCGAGGUGAAACUCGAAAGAUGAAGGUUUUGGAAAGUGCGAAAGAAGCUGUCCUUCAUGGUGUAGCAGGAGACAAGGAAUUUAAUCUCAUCACCCAGGGAGCAGUAGUGGACUCUAAUGGUCAGGUAGUCCCCGAAGGCCAGCAAGAUAAGGUCGUCAAUGGAACUGCGAAUGGUAAUCCCAGGCCCAAGCUAGAGGCUUCUGAGUCCAGUACGCCUUCAGUAAGAGAUCGUCAAGAUAUUAGCUUACAUAAUUUCGCCGAUUCCAACAGAGGUUAUGAUUGA